AAGGAGUUCGCAUGAAGUUUUGCCUUCUUCCAGUAAGAAGAAGCAGCCCCUCUGACCCCUCUGUGAACCCUCGCGAGAGCAAAAAGCAGACUAAAACAUGGACAUGAUUUGCCUGCCUGGCACCUACCAGAGCAAUUACUACUCCGACAAGGACGAACGCAUCAUCUGGGGCUCUAUAAAGUCCAACCCGAAAGCAAAUUAUCGCAGCGGCCGAGACUCCUUCUCCGAUCUGCCUCUCAAGAUUCCAUUCUGUACCUCAUCACCAAAGAUACCAAUAUAUCGUUCCAGUCUUACGGACGAUCUUGAUUCACUGAGCAACAACAGCCUUGGUUCGAGCGACCGAUCUUCCUUUGCGUCCUCUAGUAGACGUUCGUUGUCCGACCGAACCGCCUCUUUGAUUGACUUCUUUGUCAGACGCAAAAAGUCUCGUUCGGAGAGUCUCCAGAGUGGCAAGAGAGCGCAGAAGAUGCUCAAAUAUUUUGAUGGAAUUGAUACUUCAAAGAAUUUAUUUGGCACUAACACUUUUCUUCCAAGCCAAUGGAUGACCACACAACAAUGAAAUUGUGUGCUACAGUGGCAUAUCCGAGCACAGUUUUUCAAUCCCCCUAACAUUAUCAUUAUUUAUUUUGUACAAAUAAAUUACAUAUUUAUUGUUGAAAAC